ACCACUAAAGCCCUCUACAGUGGGCGCCGAUCAAGAGCACCAGCGACUGUACUGAUCCCCUAUAGAGAUUGUGACCUCUGCGUGGUCGACGCUCCUCCAAACCCCAUGUCCUGAAUGUUUCUCCACCAGGUUGACCUCACCACUGCCCUGCGCCCCUCUCUACUCCCGGAAGAGACCCUACUUUUAGUGCAGGAUUCUAUUGGGUUAUACGAGGGGAAAUUCAAGAUUCCCCAGUUCCAGAAUGGCCAUGUAUACUUGACUUCACACCGAGUCUGCUAUGUAGACAACGACGAACCAAGGAAGCGCUCCGUGGCCAUAAACCUCAAGGAUGUCGAGCGUCCAGAGUUCUAUGCCGGGUUCCUCAAGUCCUCUGCGAAGGUGACUUUCUAUCCGAAACCCUCCAAACGCCUCUCGUUUUCAACACGGAGUCCGUCUACUGCCACUGGUCGCACCAUCUCAAGCAGCUCAAGCUCUACCCCCCCGGAGAGAAAUGGGAGUCCCUUGCGGUCUCUCGCGUCGUCGCCUGCCCCUUCGACAGCAGCCAGCGCUACCUGGAUAUGCCCCAUCUGCUCAUUCUCAAAUCCUGUUCCAUCAAACUUCGAUCCCGCCACGGCGAAUGCCCACACUCCCUUGCCGCCAUGUCUUGCUUGUGGCAUAAAGCCACCGCUGGUUCAUUUGGUGAAGGCGGCGAUAUCCUCAAUGACCAACAGACAAUCCCAACUGCUAGCACCAACACCGCAGAGAGCACAUCAUGACAAACUUGACUCAUCCUCGGCUUCGGGCUCAAGGAAUCCCCUGGGUCAAAGCAGUUCAUCCGCCUCGUUCACAUGCCCUCGAUGUACAUUUCGGAACCAUCCGUCUUUACUCACCUGUGAAAUCUGCGGUGCUUCCUUGGUAUCAAUAGAAGAUAAGCGUUUAGCGUCAGCGAAAGGUACAGCUAGGUCUGAGAGCCCUGGGCCCGCUCUUUCCGGCUUGUCAAUGCAAGACGAGGCAGUGGAGAGCGUCAAGUUCUCUUUCCGCGGUGGGGGAGAGAAGGUGUUUUUUGAGCGAGUCAAAAACGCUUUGGUGCAACGGAAAUGGCUUCUUCAGAGUGCACCACCAGUGCCAAAGCCUAAUCGACUCUCUGGGACGUUCGACGACGGAUAUAGUUCAAGUUCUGACCAGAGCUCCCGAGACCCCGAACGUCAAAAAGUCGUUGGUAUUGCAGGCCUCGAACGGAGAGGGCUAGAGCAGAGGAAGAACAACGAGCUUGUCAUCGGAACCGCCUUUGAAGAUCUCGAAGCCCUCAUGACAUCUGCAAAAGAAAUUAUUGCGCUGGCAGAGUCUUUCGCAUCGCAGGCCAACUUGGGAACCAACGGAAACUCGGAAGCAAGCUCCAUUCUCUCGCAAUCAGCGUCUGCGCUUGGUCUAGUCACGACGAAAGACAUGCUUGGAUCCGGGUCUGAUUCACUAUACGUGUCGGAACUAUCUAGGAAUCUGGCAGAAUGGCUCACAGACGACACCAGAGGCGUGCUCAAAAGAGAAGGUGGCAUCAUGACUCUCGUGGACCUGUGGGCUGUGUUCAAUCGUGCAAGAGGCGGAGUAGAAUUAGUAAGUCCAACGGACUUCGAGAAAGCCGCACGGCUGUGGGACAAGCUUAAGCUGCCUGUCCGGCUGCGAAUGUUCAAAAGUGGUCUCCUUGUAGUGCAAGGGCGAGAUAGAACAGACGAGAAGACGGUUGCAGCUCUUCUCUCAUGGCUCCGAGAAUUGCAUCGCCAGCCACCGGCAUCUGAAGUUACUUGGGAUUGGCGGCUGUAUGGGCGAGGCGUCACCGCACAGGAGGUGGCAGAGAGGUUUGGGUGGAGCGUUGGAGUAGCGAGCGAGGAGCUAGAAAUGGCAGAAGAGCGAGGAGUGCUGUGUCGUGAGCAGGGCUUGGACGGUCUGCGAUUUUGGGAGAACUGGCUCCUUCAUACGCCUGAAGAAGGCACCUUGGUUAUUUGAUGUUCGAAAAUAUAUCCUGUUCCACGAAUGACAGCCC